CUCUCAUCCAUCUUCAUGGAAAAACCCAUUUUUACACGCUCAAAAUUCACUUCAUAAUAACUGAUUCGUAGGGUUUUUUGUUGUCAUCAAUUACUGUUGAUGAUUCUUUCGUGAUAUGGUGCAAACCCUUUACUUCAAUGGCGAUAUCAGGCUUGGGUUUUUGCUGUAGAAGUCAUUUUCUUUUUCGUUCUCCUCCUUAUAUGUACUGCAUUCGCAAGGUUAGAAAAUGCUCAGUUAUGGCUGUGGAAACAACCCUAUCCGAACAAGAAGGUUUCUUCAAUGAUGAUGAUGCUGAUAGUGAACUUACUUCUCAUAAAACAGUUAAUGCUGGUGUUGUGGCACUGAAAUGGAAGAAAUGGAAUGCUAAAGAACUUGGAAUUACUUCUUCGAUGAUUUCGCAACCAACAAAAGUUGUUCUCAAGGAGUUGAAAAGAAAAGGAUACGAGGUUUAUCUAGUUGGAGGUUGUGUGAGGGAUCUCAUUUUGAAGCAAAUUCCCAAGGAUUUUGAUAUUAUUACUUCGGCCGAGCUUAGACAGGUAGUGAAAACAUUUUCACGGUGUGAAAUAGUUGGACGAAGAUUCCCUAUCUGCCAUGUGCACGUUGAUGAUACAUUCAUCGAGGUAUCAAGUUUUAGCACCUCUGGUAGAAAAAAGUCCAGCUCUAGUGAUUUUCUCAGAAAACCUCGUGGUUGCAGCGAGCAGGAUUACCUUAUCUGGAGGAAUUGCAUGAAACGGGAUUUCACAAUUAAUGGGUUGAUGCUUGAUCCAUAUGCAAAUGUUGUCUAUGACUAUAUUGGAGGCAUGGAAGAUUUAAAAAAAGCUAAAGUUCGGACCGUGAUACCUGCAUAUACUUCUUUUCAAGAGGAUUGUGCUCGCAUUCUGAGAGCAAUCAGAAUUGCAGCUCGCUUAGGGUUCCGUCUUACGAAGGAAACAGCAUUUUCUCUGAAAGACUUGUCUUGCUCCAUACUGAGACUUGACAAGACUAGGCACCUCAUGGAAAUGAAUUACAUGCUGGCAUAUGGAUCCGCAGAAGCCUCUUUGAGGUUACUCUGGAAAGUUGGGCUCCUGGAGAUACUACUGCCGGUUCAAGCAGCAUAUUUUGUCUCCCAGGGUUUUCGGAGACGUGAUAAGAGGUUGAACAUGCUUUUGUCAUUAUUUGCUAACCUGGAUGCAUUUUUGGCGCCUAACAGACCAUGCCAUCAGAGCUUAUGGAUUGCGAUGUUAGUUUUCCACAAAGCUUUAGCAGAUAAUCCUAAGGAUCCCCUUGUAGUUGCCACAUUUGCACUUGCAGUCCACAAUGGUGGAAAUUUACCAGAAGCGAUAGACAUAGCAAGGUCGAUAACCAGACCACAUGACAGUAAUUUCAGUGAACUAGAUACGCAGGAUUUGGAUUCUGACGAGAAACUAAAGAUGGAGGUUAUGGAUCUUGCCAGUUUAGUGAAAGUUGCAUUGAGACAGAUGACGGACGAAUCGUUUGUCUCUCAAGCAAUGGCUCAGUACCCUCAAGCUCCAUACUCUGAUUUGGUAAUUAUCCCAUUAGCAUGCUAUACGAGGGUGCUACGAAUAUUUGAUUGUGUGAAAGGUAGUCAGAGGAAGGGAUUUACACCUAGAAGGGGGAAUAAAAUUGAUUACGAGUAUUUAGCCAUGGGAAAGCUCGAGGAAGUUCAAUAUGUAUUUGCGAGGGUUGUGUUUGAUACCAUUUAUCCUGCUUACCUAGAUCAAAGACCAAAGACAAGGUAUGCAGCUUAAUGUUGGUUUCACGAAAUGCAAAAAAAAAAAGAAAAAAAGAAAAAGAGAGAAGGUUAUAACAGUUUUGUUCCGCAGCAUCAACUGACAAUUCAUCCCUUUGUUCAUUCUUAUGAAAUAAAAUAAUAAAAAUUAUUGGCA